AGUGCCAUGGGCCUGUGAGUAACAGCUGAACACUUGUAAAGAAGACUGGGGUCUGGACUGGCCACGGGGCUUGCACUUUGAAAGCACAAUACGUUUUCAAGCCACUCCGGGAGAGGGAGCCAGCAACGACAACACAAUCAGUGCAGCCAAGGAGACCGGUUAAAAACUUUCCCCCAAAUUCCCGACUCAGAGAGGGGGAGAAAAGAAGGGGAGAAGCGACAAACAAAAGCAUUCUUAGCUUUCAGCAAAACAAUAACUUUGGGAAAAUAAUUUACUUCAAAUACAAAUUCAAUGAGAUAGGCGUGACGGACCGGCGUCUCCAGCAAGAAUCCGCUACUUUUAUUCAACAUUCUGAAUACCUAAAACCACGGAUUGAGUGCUGCAGCAACACUGAAUGAAACAAAGUUUCGUAAAAAAAAAAAACAGAAUGGAAACGAAAAUGCGAAUCACGUGGGCACUUCUUCCACUUGGUUUUCUACUUCACUGUACUCAUGCUGAUCCAAUACAAACAACCUUUAUCUCUUCGGCCCCCAACUCCACACAAAAUGGACCCACCCAUACAGUUACCUCCUCCAGUCUAAUCAAUGGGCCCGGGACUACACUAGCCGACCUUACCGUACCAAGUGGGGCGGCGUUGAGCACCUUUACCGCUGGGAGGUCCAGUGGUAAUGUGGAGUCCACCACCAUGACUACUGCUGGACUGGACUCCACUAGCUCCACCGGAACCCACACCCAGACCCCCACUAGCUCCACUGGAACCGACGCCCAGACCACCACUAGCUUCACAGGAACCGACGCCCAGACCACCACUAGCUCCACCGGAACCGACGCCCAGAACACCACUAGCUCCACCGGAACCGACGCCCAGACCAUCACUAGCUCCACCGGAACCGACGCCCAGACCACCACUAGCUCCACCGGAACCCACACUACCGUGCAAUUCACUAGCUCCUCAGGAACCCUCUCCCAGACCACCACUAGCUCCACCGGAACCGACGCCCAGAACACCACUAGCUCCACCGGAACCGACGCCCAGACCACCACUAGCUCCACCGGAACCAACGCCCAGAACACCACUAGCUCCACCGGAACCGACGCCCAGACCACCACUAGCUCCUCAGGAACCCACACCCAGACCACCACUAGCUCCUCAGGAACCCACACCCAGACCACCACUAGCUCCGCCGGAACGCCUCACUUCACUGCAGUCACACCGGUGGGUAGGCGACAUACUCCAAUCCUUACAACCCCAUGGUCAAGGUCGUCCUCUCCAUCCCAGCAACCUUCCACAUCCAGCCCUGUGGGUUCAGGAAGCAGUUUUGCUAUCACCACAACCCGUGCACAGGGAGGAAUGGUGUUAACAACCAUGGCUGAGACUACAACCACGACGGCCACUACCACAAGUCCUCCCAUGAGCUUUAUGUUUGUCAUGUCCAAAAGAAAUGAAGAGAAUCAUGAGAAGAAGGACCUGGAGGCGCUGUGUCGACACCUGAUGUCUCAAAUGCACGACGCUAACUGUACUCUGGCUGCGAGAGAGAACAACGGACAAACCACCGUUGACAGCGUGGUAAUUACCGGCAAAGUGGACAAUGCUGUCGUCCAGCAAUACUAUGAGGAAAUCACCAGAAAACAAAGUGACAACAUGACCCUGAUUGCCAUUUUGGCGUCCUGCGGAGCUCUGCUGGCCAUGAUUGUAGGCUUCGCCCUUUACGCCGCAUACCACCGCAAGUCCUAUCGGAAGAACCACCAACAACACCUGACAGAGGAGAUGCAGACGGUGGAGAACGGUUACCACGACAACCCCACGUUGGAGGUGAUGGAGGUGCAGCAGGAGAUGCAGGAGAAGAAGGUGGCCCUGAAUGGAGAGUUCAACGACAGCUGGAUUGUCCCCAUCGACAACCUGCUCAAAGAAGACAUGCCAGAUGAGGAGGACACUCACCUGUAGAGGGGGACCGGAACAGACAGGGGUGCUACUAUAUUCCCUCGACCAACUGACUCUCCCUUCCCUGCACCGUUACAAGGGCCCUGUUUAGUAGAGGGUUCUAGCUCCAAACGUUGCAGGUAGAAAUGUAUUCUAUAUAGAAUAUAUACAACCUUAAAUAAUGGGAUUUGAGAAAUCGCACAAUUGUGACAGUUCUAUGCAAUGCAUUUCUAUCCGCAACACUUUUAAUGUUCCUCCCCAUUGAACCAGACCCAAGGCAACAACACACAGACACCACCUGACAAAUCUGGAGAAAAUAACACCCAGAGGAUGAAACUGGAAACCCAUCCGGCCUAAACGGGUGUCUGAGUCCCAUCGCUGUGGCCAUGGAAAAGUAACAGGCCAUUUGGAGAAUACUACACCAAUCAACAUUGUGCCUAGUUUUAGGAGAUAUUCAAUAAAUAUUUGGGAAAUGUAACUCUCAAACAUACACAAUCCCAUUUUAAGUGCCAUUGAGUGUUUAAGAUACUUGAUGUACCGCUACAUAGUUAUUGAUUUAAUUGGGAAAACCAAACACUCAAACCACCAAUAUUUCAGGGUGGAGUGUAUGAACUAAAAUCUGCAUGUUCUUUAUGCUGUAAUCAAUGUAAUCCACAAAAGUGCAUUGAAUUGUACACUUGAGCACCUGUACAUAGUAUUUUCUUAUAUUUUCAGAGAAAAUGGAAGCUGAAACUUUGUAAUACUGUAACACUACUUGCCUUUAUGGUUAAAUCUCAAUAGUAUUGAUUUAAAGAAAA